AAAUAUUUUGUACGGAUUAGAAAAUAUUUUGUACGGGUUUAAGAAUAUUUUUAUACAUACAUAUUUUGUUCGCAAAUAAACCUAUAUAUACGUCUUGUUGUUUCGCUGUGUUAUCCAAAACGUCCCUUUCAGAUCUCACAUCAUCCCUUCAUCAUAUUUUCCUCUAUCCUUCACAGCAUAUCAUCUCUCUACUUACACCAUGGAUCCAAACGAUCGUAUCAACCUUGAUCUGUCCUUGGGGAUUGGUCCUCAAGCAAAAGAUCCGGUCGAGCAACAUUGCAAGUUGAUGGAACUCUUAAGAUCAGUAAGUGAUUCUACACAAAAUGCCCAGCCUUCUCCUCCUCUUCCUCCACUUCACACGAUGCCUCCUGGAUACUACAACCUCACAUACCCUCAGAAUGCAGCAGGACAACUCCUUCUGCCUCCUAUAACGAACCAGGGUGGAGUUGGAACCUUGGAGACUCCCCGGCCAGGAACUAGGUUAGGUCGCCCACCUGGUGGGCACCAUGCACGUCGUAAUUCAUCUAAAGCGGCUGCCACGCUCGAAGAAAGCGUUGACAAGGAUAUCGUACCACCAUAUCCAUGGGCGACCACAAGGCCAGCCCGAAUUCACAACCUUAGAUACUUGUAUGUGAAUAAUAUAAACGUGAUCGUUGGACAAGUCCAUUGCAAGCCUUGCGAGAGUACUCAAACCAUUGAGUAUAAUCUCACGGAGAAGUUUGGGGAAUUGUAUCGUUACAUUUAUGACAACAAGGAGGUGCUGCGUCACCGAGCCCCGAAAGUUUGGUCUUGUCCUAAACUGACUCCAUGUUGCUCAUGCAAGAACGGGAUGAAGCCGGUGAUCGGCGAGAAUAAGGAAGAAAUCAACUGGUUAUUUCUUUUGUUAGGGCAAAUGUUGGGAUGUUGUACUUUGGAUCAGCUCAGGUACUUUUGUGACAAAACUAGUCAACAUAGAACCGGUGCAAAGGAUCGUGUACUCUACAUAACUUAUUUUGGUCUAUGCACGCAGCUCGAGCCAUGCGACUUAUUUAGUCUAUGACUCAUAUCGGAAUCGGGCAGGGCUGAUGGCUUUUAAGGUUUAUUUUGGUUUUCAUAGUGAGUUUUAGGGGUUUUAAGGAACAAGUAUUAUUAAUGCGUUCAGUAAAAAAAAAGGAUUAUUAAUGCGUAAGUUUAGGGUUUACGUCUUUCAAGCAGCAAUAUACAUUCCAUUUGGAGCGAGAGGAAUGGAAUCCUCAAUCACCGGCACAGCUCAUUCAGUUCAUGGACAAGUUGGUGCGUAACAGAUUCUCUACGCUUACCAGAAGGUGGGCUACACAUUUUGACAAAGCAAUGUCAAAGUGGUUUCAGUCACGAGAGUAAAAGGAUACUCUGGUCUUCCAAUCACAUGUAGGUUGAGUUAUAAAACCAAACCUUAGAUCA